UGCAAUUUACUGUGACGGUAUGUAAGUUCACAGACUUGAGAAAAUUUGAAAUUACGGCUAAAAACUCAACAGCGACGUAACCUGAUACUCAGUAAUUACAGAUUACGAUUUACAAUUUCAACGCACCGUGCAAAGGUGUUCAAUUUUUUAAAUUUAUAUCGAAUAUAUCACAAGUAAAAUUUUUACAUACAACCUAACAACCUGAAUGUCGACGAAAAUUUUCUCGGAUAGCAGCACGAAAAUAAGCGAAAUGGAGCAACGCACAGGACAUCUGUUUGCAUCUAUAAAAGACAGUGCGCCUGCAAUCAUGCAAAACGGAAACAGAUAUCCAACAAGUCUGACCUCUAGGAAAAGUGCAAAGACGCGGAGAACUGAGAAACGGGUUCAGGAGUUGUUGAGGGAACAUUUGGGUCCAGACAGCGAGAGGGGGGAGGAGAGGUUAUUCAGGAGCACAGAAGACUUCACGGACCGAAAACCCCUAUUCGAAACAAGAACCCAACAAACAUCUUACCAUCAGAGCCCUACCAUCCCAAUUGGUCGACUUGAAAUCGAAAACCUCUACGAUAGGUACAAACACUUGAGCGAAAAAGAAGGUGCUAUAUUGGGAGACUAUCACUCUCCAUUUCAAAAGAGAACACCAACUAAAUCAUAUGAGCGGAAACCUUAUUCACCCGAAACACAGGUUCGAAACCAAGACAGGAAUCUAAACACUUAUAGUCGUAUUCUAAACCACAGUCAACGUUCAAAGUCGCCAUCGCCUAAUAGAUACUCAAACAAAAAAGCUCCUACAUACGAGAAAGAAACACCAAUAUCGAAUGAAACCGAGAAACCUGUUAGUUCUUACGACAAAUACGGUCGAAACGAGUUCGACAACGACUCGAAACUAUUUCGAAGUUUGCAACCCAAACCAGGUGUUUCAGCUUCCGAAUCAAAAAAUCAUCACCACAACCAGAUUGACGAAAACCAGAAUUGCUUUAAUGCCGAUGCGAACAGCAAUGGAAUUCCGAAACAUACUCCGAGAAUUCAAAGCAGAAACGCUGGCGUGCAAACUAAAGGCCCAAAAUGCUUCGAAGCGAGCAUUCAAACAGCCGACAAAAAAUUGUCCGACAACACAACGCAAACAAAUGAACAACAGUUUUUACCAGUUGAUCAAUUCGGCGAUGAUGCAAUUAUAUAUCGUCAACAUAAUUCUGCUACAAACCAACUUGAAAGCGGGUUAAGUAUUGAAGAAUUCUAUGACGAUGAAAAUGUUUUGCAAAAUGAAAGCACCGAAAAAUCGAUCGAUUUCGACCAAGAAAGUUUCAAUCCAACACCUCGAAACUCACUCCAACUUACUCGACAAAUUGAUGAAACUUCAACUUCUAAAAAGAACCAGAAACCGUCAACACGUAAAUUCGGCAACGAAUCUCUUGACCUUUCGGCACAACAGGGAAAUUCGGGCGAAUUUUUAACACACCCCAAAGCAAACGCUAGCACACCCUACAUGCCUGAAAGUCACAACUACGAUUUCGAGUCGGAUCAAAAGGAUGAUAUCGAAAUUUUAAUUCAAGAUUAUGACAACAACUGUAAUCUAGAAGCACGUGAUUAUACUUCUCAUAAUAUACAAGAACAGUAUCCCGAAACCCCCAACUAUCAUGAUCAACGAGAAGAUUCAUUCUAUUUUGAUGGUUCGUAUCAUGAACAAAGUGAGCGAGGUCUAACCAGAGGGGAGGGGGAGGACUAUUCUCAAUAUGGGGGGAGUUUCGGGACAGAAGAGGGUUGGUUACUCCCCCAAUCAGGGAAUGUAGAAGGAGUUAAUUCUGAGCUGGAUAGUUUUGACUAUGUGGCAAUUCAAUUUGAAAUGGACAAACAGCAAAGGAAUCUGCGCAUGAGUGAUGUGUUGACUCAAAACAAACUUAUCGAAGAAGAAAGAAGACGCCGAAGACUUCUGGAGUUGGAGAGUAAGAAGAGCCACAACCCCAGCGACUCCCCCAACCACAGUCGCCAACACAGUGGGACCCACUCGGCCAACACUUCGUCUACAAUACAAAACAUGAGCCCAACAGACGAGAAAAUCAGACAAGUGCAAGAGAGGCGCUUGAAACUAGAUCGAGAAAAAUUCAACUCUGCACUUGAAAAAGAGGCAAAAAGCAUCGAAGUACACGAAAAGUUGAACAGACGUAGCAAAAUACCAAUGAAAUAUUUCGCCCAAACGAUUUCAAACCCUGUCGUGCUGCCCAAACAGCGUGAACAUCACGUGACUUAUGACGUGAACAGACAGGGGAGCGGGUUGAGAUACCCGGGUCAUAAUGACUCAUACGGGAAUAGUUCCAGGAGUGGACAAAGAUAUCAAGAUUUGAGUGAGAGGCCGGAUUGGGUUGAUAUUACACACAAAGAUUGGUCGCACUGAAGUCAUUUGGCAGAAAAAUCACUUGGCAGAAAGAUGAAAAUAGUAGACAAAAGACUAGAAGCAAACACAGAUUUAAAACUUCAUUGUGAAUAACACGAAGAAUAACCAACUGAAUCACAACUAACAGUUACUAAAAAAUGAGUGAUUUACUAUUUUACUACAAUACGACAUAACAGCGCGCCCAGUUACUUUGCAAGCAGAACGUCAGCUGGAGACCAUUUUUUUUCCAUUGAACCAUUGAAGUUUAAGACCAUUGAACCACGAGAAAACAAAUUCUCUUUAAUCAUUGCGCUGUAGCUUAAGCAAUUUGGACAAAGUGGCAGAUUUCUCUCAAUUAAUUAUUGUUAUUUCAACUUUAUAAAUAAUUUUAGAACGAAAAAUUGAAACCCAAAACGCCCCAGUUUCAAUAACAAUGUAAAAUACAGUUUACCGCUUACAACUAGACCUUCCGAUCAGCCUACAAAGUAAAAUCUGAAGCGCCGGAAAAAAUCACUAAGGGAAGCGAGCAGUUAA